AUGCCCGUCGAGCUCCGCAAGCGCAAAGCCCCCGAGCCCGCCCCGGCUCCUGCUCCCAAGAAGGCCUCCUCCAAGGUCGCAAAGGCCACAGAGAAGGUCAAGAGCGCCGUCAAGGGAAAGCCGGCUAAGGCCGCUCCCGAGAAGCCCGUUGAGGAGCCCGUCGAGAAGGAGAAGCCCGUCGCUGCCAAUGGCUCCGACAAGAAGGUCAAAGCCGCCAAGGGCGAGACCAUCAACCUCGACGGCUUCGGCGGCGAGGUCGAGACUAACGACGGCGACAAGACCACUCUGAAGGAGCUUGUUGACAAGAGCAAGGCCGGCGUCGUCCUCUUCACCUAUCCUAAGGCCUCGACUCCUGGCUGCACUACGCAAGUCUGUCUCUUCCGAGACUCCUACGAGCCGCUUACCAAGACGGGCUUGGCCAUCUACGGCUUGUCCGCGGACUCGCCCAAGGCCAACACCACCUUCAAGACGAAGCAGAAGCUGCCUUACCCGCUGCUCUGCGAUCCCAAGGCCACCCUUAUCGGUGCCAUUGGGUUCAAGAAGCACCCCAAGGGCACCCAGCGUGGUGUUUUCGUUGUCGACAAGUCCGGUAAGGUCCUUGCCGCCGAGCCCGGCGGUCCUGCUGCCACCGUCGAGGUUGUCAAGGCGCUCGUCGAGGAGAGCGGCGACGCCGAGCCUGCUGCCGAGACUGCUGCCGAUGCCAAGGAGGAGCCGGCCAAUGGUGACGCCAAGGACGAGAAGGAGGAUGGCGCCGACGAGGCCGAGAAGAAGGAUGAGAAGAAAGACGAGUAA